GUUAACAAAACAACACGCGACAGCACACAAUAUCAUACCUCCAACCUCCCCAUCCAUUAAUCUCCACACAUCUUCCACAUAUCAUCAUCACGCACAUCCGCUUCGAAAAUGUCCACUUCCGGCCUAAUCCUGAUCUCCAUUUUCCUACUAAGUUCGGCCCUCAUUUCCGCCCAGCAUAUCAAGGAAAAUGAAAGGGAAAAAGAAACGGAACGAAGUGUAAGAUUAGUGGAUCGCUUCGAUAACCGAUAUCCCGAUGGAAGCUACGAGUAUCGCUUCGAAUUGGAUGAUGGAACGACGCGUUACGAACGCGGCUAUUUUGCCAAGAUCAAUGAUGUGAAAACUCUAAUGGUUGUAGGCUACUAUGCUUAUCGGAUGACCGACGGCAGAUAUAUCACCGUCUUCUAUAAUGCUGAUCAGUUUGGUUAUAGGCAAAAUCAGUCGAUCACGCCGCAAGUGUAUCCCGACCUACCGCGUUCCAUUGAGCUGCCCAUGGCCAGCGAGACGAUGUCCAGCUUCGGUUCCCGUACUCAAACCCAAUCCUCAUCCCAGUUGGAGUCCCAUGGAACAACCACGACGACGACGACGUCGACAACGCCCCGAGGAGCGGGGACGGCGAAUCGCAGAGGCCGCUACUGAGAUCCCAGUAAUUGCAAACCAUCCUCAUUAUUAUCAUCGUUUCCUUCUUUUUUUUUUUGUAGUAUUUUCUG